AUGCCACGACGAGGGAUGUUCUUCCGCGCAGAUGGCUCCAACAUCCUCGAGCCAGAGGGGCCCAUUCUCUGGGUAACUGUACACUUCAGUAUGGCCAGCGGACGCUUCCGACCAACCAGCAGCGAGAGCAUGAUGCGGCUGGUGGCUGAGCGGUGCCGAUCCGGAGAUGCUACUAUUUCCCUCAGACCCCUGCAUCACGAUCAACCGUGCUGUCUGUCAUUGCCUGUAGGACGUGGGCCGCGACGUGAGCAUAUUCUGGGGUACGCAGCCGAUGUUGCUGAUUGGCAUUGGCUGGAGAUUGUUGCUUCUAGGGAGUGGGUAGACAUUGACCGCAUUCUUGCUUACCAGCCGUGGUGGGUUGGUGUUGCGUAG